AUGGACGAAAGUAGGGCCCUAGAAAGAGCAGUAAAAGAAGGACAGUUUUCAAGUUUAAAAAAGAUUGCUAUUGCAGGGCCGCAUACGGAUCAGUUUAAAAAAAAUAUUGAGAAGAACCUGCAUGUUAUAUUUAAAAAUGCUGAUAAUAGUAACCUGCGCUGUCUUCAAGAAAUCGAUUUAUCUGCUUAUUCCCCAACUGAUUAUACAGUAAACGCUAUAUCAUUCUCUAUAGAAGCAAAAGCAUUACCAAAUUUAAAGGUAUUAAACUUAUAUAGUCUUGAUAUUACGGAACCCGUGCAGUUAAGAAUUAUAGCAGCAAUUACCAAUAAUUCACUUUCCAUAGAUUACUUAAACGUAAGCAAUGGGACAGAUAGCAGCAAAGUAGCUUUAAAAUUACUUAAUCUAGAUCCUUUCAGAACCUAUUCUAGUAAUUAUCUCCAUGAAGGGAUAUUGAGAAUGUACAAAGAAAUUGAAAACUUAAAAAGUAAAGGAAAAAAUAAAGAAGAAAUAGCGCGCCACAUAUCUAAAUAUUUGGACCAUAUGGGAGCUCAGCAAAAUAUUGAAGUUGUUAAAUACAUAUUAGAACGCCCGGUUGAAUUCCCAAUUAUACUUAGCUAUACAUAUCUAGGGUCUACUAAUACCCUAAUGAAAUACUAUAAUAAUGACUUACAAAUGCACCGAUAUUUAUUUAGUAAGGGGUUCACUCCUGUACCUAUUUCUGGGCAACAAACAGUUUUACAACAAAUUGCUAAUGAUGCGCAAAGUUCACAUGAUAAAAACAUUAUAAAAAAGAGAGAUUGGGUACUUGAGCAAUUAGUAAGGAUUCCAAAUAAUGAAAUCCAAGAGUUAAUAGGGAAUUUUAGUGAUGAGAUAUCUGAAAAAUUAUUAUUAAAUAAUCAAAUUUUACUGGAAACAUUCAUAAAUACUAGUCUCGAUAUAAGAAAAGAGUUUUUUACGGAAGUUAUAUACAAAUCUUCAGGAGCAACUUUAAAGAAAUUUCAAGAAUUAAUUACCGGCUCUCCAAAUAACUAUAUCAAAUAUAUAGUUGAAACUGCAAUUAAUUCUUUGAAUAAAACUUAUUUAGAGAAAGAUUUAGGUACAGGUCAAUAUAAAGGGCAUGCUGCUGGCACAUUGGCAUAUUGGCCUGUAGGUGAUAAUGUGAUGCAGUCUAUCUCUGUCCCUACACUUCUAGCUAUAAUUAAAAAAUAUUUUAUCCAAAGAGUAGCUAGUGUUAACGAGAAGAAAGAAUUAUUAGUAACUUUAUAUAAUAAAAACCCUGACUUGGUUAAUGAUAAUAUAGAUAAAAUUGUAAAAAUAUUAGGAAGAGAUGAUAUAACCUCUACAAUAUUAUCUAAUAGAAGCAAAUUUUAUAAAAACUUAGAGUCAUUACCAGAAAAUAUGGUUGAUGUAUUAUUUAAAACUGUAAGUGAUAAUGAUAUAAAUUAUGCGUUUCAGCUAGAGCAGUUAUUUAAGUUAUGUACCGCUAUAUGCAGUGCAGAAAUAAGUUAUGGACGUACUCCUUCUUGUUUACCAGGAUUUAUAGGAAGGAUUGCGUUUUGCAUAGUAGAUGAAUUAGAACCAUCAAUGAGUGAUAAAUACGAGUUAUGGAUCGGAGGAGCAACACCUUCUAAUAAUUUAGUUAUUAAUAAGAAUAAUAUUAGAGAAGUAGUAAAUAGCCUAGUAAGCAAAAUUAUUGUUGAAUUUAAAGAAGAUAAUGAGUUGAUGAUACAGUUUCAAGAUUUUAUUUAUGAGAGUUCAGGGCCAGAUUGUGCUCGUAUUCCAGUGCAGUAUAAUAUCAUCUACCAAUGUAUUAAUAAGGUUUUCUUAGAUACGUAUAAUAGAAUUCCGGCAUAUGAAGAAUACGAAUUACUAUUAAAUUCCCUGGGUGAGAGUCAUAAAUUACAACACUCAUUAAUUCCUAAUAUAUUUAGUAAGGAUUUUAAUGAAUUGAUAUCUCCUCUUUUAGAUGCCACAUAUCAGAAUUUAAUAUAUAAAACCGUUAAUAAACUUAAGAAUAAUGAGCUAAAAUUUUUUGGUAAAGUAUAUAAAGAGAAAAUAAAAGACUUAUACAACAAGAUAUUUAACGGAGAUUAUGUAAAAGGCUAUUCCAUUACUGAAGAAAUGUUAAAUCAAUGUAAUGAUAUACUUUUAAAGGUUAUAGCUGCGCUUAGAAUAACUGAUUUUGAUAACAAUGAUUCUAUAGAAAAAAUUUCCCCUAGGUUUAAAGAAGCGUUGUUGGCCGCCCCUAAUAUAGAUCUUUUAAUUAGAACUAACCUUAUUAUAAAUAAUGAAACAUUACAACAGCAAUAUUUGCGGGAUUUAAGUUUAAACGAAAAUGAAUCAGAUAUCUCGCUGCUUUAUAACGCUCUGAUUGUGGAGGAAUCAUUCAAUAAUAUGGCACCUCUUUUAUAA